GUGGAGCCUGGGUUUAUCAGCCAGUAAGCCUGUAGACAGAAGCAGGGCACACAGUGAGAAAAUAAAGAGCAAAAAGAGGGUGACUGUUGCUAGAGAUAAGCACGGCUAAAUCAAUCAAGAUGAACCACAGCUCCAACGAGAAAGAACCUGAGACCAUAGAGCCACUGCGUUAUCUCAGUAAAACGGAGGUGGCGACCAUUGAGACGGAGCUCCUGAGGGACUAUCGCUUUGGGCAGCAGCAACUGAUUGAAAUAUGGGGACAUGCUUGCGCUAUUGCUGUCACAAAGGCUUUUCCUUUGAGCUCCCUGAGUAAAAAGCAGCCCACCCUGCUGGUUGUUUGUGGUCCUGAGCAGAAUGGCUCCAUUGGUCUGGUGUGUGCCCGCCAUCUGCGCAUGUUUGAAUAUGAGCCCACCAUUUUCUAUCCCAAGCGUUCUCCUCAGAGUUUGCACCAGGACUUCACUGUUCAGUGUGAGAAAAUGGACAUCCCUUUCCUGUCCUAUCUUCCGACAGAGGUCCAGCUGUUAAAUGACGCCUACAAUCUGGUGAUCGAUGCCAUCCUGGGACCAGAAACCGAGCACAAGGAGGUUAAAGAGCCCUACGCUGGGAUGCUGGUGACUCUCAAACAGGCCAAAAUACCCAUUGUUAGUGUGGACAUACCCUCAGGUAUUUGCUCAUUAAACACACAGCCUGAUGUUUUAGAGAAAUUCUACCCAUGGUGUCUUUAGUGUGCAGUGCCACAACGAAAACAUUGAGUUACAUUGAGUAAAUACAGUAGCUAGUUGCUUGGAAAAGAAAACAUGUUUCAUGAAAAAGGUCUCAAUCUGUUCAGAGGUUUUGAUUAUUUUUGUCAUACUCCGCUUAUCAAGACAUAAAAA